GGGGCUCUGAGUAGGAGGAUCACAAACUGUCCUGGUUUUAAAGCAGAGCAGGUAGACACACAGGAAGAGGCGAAACAUGCUUUUUAUGACUCUGUUCUGUCUGCUGCUGCUGCUGUGGCCUGGCUUCAGCGCCCUAAUGAGUUCUCCAUUGGACGAGCUUUUUCGUCGCUCCGCCAGUCAAAGACACAUAGUUUCCUAUAGUGGUUCUUCUCCUGAUACCUCAGUUAGUGGGCGGCUGCGUCGGUCAGCUCCGGUGCCUGAUAUCACACAUCUGGAACUCCUGGUGGUAGUAGGGCCUGAUGUCCAGCAGGUCCACAAGCAGGACACAGAAAAAUACAUCCUCACUAACCUCAACAUUGCCUCAGAGCUGUUGAGAGACAUGACCCUGGGUGCCAACAUGAGGGUGCACCUGGUCCGCAUGAUCAUCCUGUCGGAGCCAGAGCCAGAGAUCCAAAUGUCUACCAACAUCACCUCUUCUCUCAGAAGUGUGUGCGACUGGGGCAGAAGAAUCAACCCCAACAAUGACACAGAUCCGCUACACGCUGAUCUUCUGCUGUACAUUACAAGGUAUGACCUGGUGCUGCCUAACGGGAACAAGCAGGUCAGAGGAGUAGCCCAGCUGGGUGGAGCCUGCUCCAGUGAGUGGAGCUGUGUGAUCACCGAGGACACAGGCUUUGACCUGGGCAUCACCAUCGCUCAUGAAAUUGGCCACAGUUUUGGAAUCAACCAUGACGGCGUCGGAAACACCUGCAGCAGGAGCGGCUUCAUGAUGGCCUCUGACGGAGGCUACAACAGUGUGGAUCUGACCUGGUCCCCCUGCAGCAGGCGGCAGCUUCUCACAUUCUUCAGUGAAGGGAAAGCCGAGUGUGUAAAAGAUCUGCCUGCAAUGGGAGGCUCCCUACAGGACUGGAAGCCUGGACUGUAUUAUGGUGUCGAUGACCAGUGUCGUAUAGCUUUUGGUAAAACAGCCAGAGCAUGCUCCUUCACCAAUCCAGACCUGCCAGCUUGUCGUGUUCUGUCCUGUCAUGUAAAUCCUGAUGACAACAGCUCCUGCAAACGCCUUCUUGUUCCUCUUCUGGAUGGCACAGAGUGUGCUCCUAAUCAGUGGUGUCUCAAGGGCCGUUGUGUGUCUCCACAUGACCUCAGCUCUCCUGUUGUGGUCCACGGUUCCUGGUCCAGCUGGUCUGAGUUCUCUUCCUGUUCACGGACUUGUGGUGGAGGAGUCACACUCCGUACACGGCAAUGCAACAACCCACGACCUGUAUUUGGAGGGAAUGCCUGUGGAGGUCCAGAUAUUGAGGCUGAACUUUGUCACCAGCAGCCUUGUGAGCGCACCCAGCUGGAUUUCAUGGCAGAGCAGUGCUCCCAAACAAACCUCCAACCCCUCUACCUGCAGCCACACAUCGCCUCCUUCUACACCUGGAUCCCAGCUGUAGGCUUUGCAAAAGGGGAUGAGCAGUGCAGAUAUAUGUGCCAGUCAGACGGAGAAAGCUUCAUAGUGAGUCGCGGCUCUCAUUUUGUGGAUGGCACUCGCUGUGAGUCAGACAGCCCAACACCUUUUGGAACCACAGCUGCUUGUCUCAGAGGCAAAUGCAAGCUGUUCGGCUGUGACGGUGUGCUGCACUCCGGGAAGGUGAGGGAUGUGUGUGGAGUGUGUGGUGGGGAUGGAUCCUCCUGCAGUUUGACAUUCGACUCCUACACUGGUGGUCAGGCUAAAGAGUACACCACCUUUCUCUCUCUGCCAGUGAAUGCAACACAGGUUCUUGUUGUCAACAGAGCACCUCUCUUCACUCACAUGGCUGUAAUGGUCGGAGAUCAGUAUGUUGUGUCUGGAAUGGGCAGCAUGGCUCUGAAUGUGACUCACCCCUCCCUGCUGGAUGAGAACCGCUUAGAGUACCGCCUUCACCUCACACCUGACCUUUUGCCUGCGAUGGAGGAGCUGCUUCUGCCCGGUCCACUGCAGCAGGAGAUGAAUGUACAGAUUUAUCGCAAAUAUGGAAAAGAUUAUGGAGAGAAAACAAAUCCAAACAUUAGCUACCAGUUCUAUGUACCUAGCAGAAGAAGCAACUUGACAGACAUCACACCUAAAGGCAGAUGGACCAUUUUUACAACACCCUGCUCAGUGUCUUGUGGAUCAGGUGUACAGAAGCACACGUAUGUCUGUGUAGAUGAAGCUACUAACAACCGUUUGGAGGAAAACAACUGUGAAAUAUCUCCUCCAACCACACCUCCCCACACAACCUGUCAGCUCUCACCCUGUCCCCCCAGAUGGGAUGCAGGAAAGUUUGGGCCUUGUAGUGCCUCCUGUGGUGGGGGAGAGAGAGUGCGUCCUGUGAAAUGUGUUCAGAAACAAGGAUCCGAUGUGGUAACGGUUCCAGAUUCUGAAUGUCCACCUGAUACCGCUCCACACACGGCUGAGAAAUGUAACCUGCAACACUGCCCCGCCAGAUGGCGUGUGUCUGAGCCAGGGGAUUGUUCAGCGGUGUGUGGGCCAGGAGAAGCCAAACGAGUCGUGUCAUGUGUCCGGCCAGAAAAUGAUCAAGAUGUUGAAGUGGAUCAAAGCUUGUGUUCAAAGCAGAUCAAACCACUUGAUUCUGUGCCGUGCGUGGUGGAUGUCUGUCCCAUUGGGUGGGAAUCUGAAGGAGAGGAACAGCCCAUUCUAAAGUCUGGUUUGUUACCGCGCUCUAGACAGGCUCCGGUGUAUGUGUGGAGCCCUGUUAUCAGCCAGUGUUCAAAGACCUGUGGCAAUGGAACCCUACAGGUGUGGUUUUCAUGUGUGGACCACCAGACCAGACAGGGAGCGCCCGACUUCCACUGUGAUGCUUCUACCAAACCUCAUCCUCAGUCCGAGAUAUGCAACACCUCUCCCUGCCCUCCUAUGUGGCGCUCUAAGCAAGGAGUCUGCAGUGUAACGUGUGGAGGAGGAGUGGCCAACAGGGUCCUGUACUGUGCACAAGAAACAGAAGGGGAGGAGGUGGUUGUGGAGGAUUCAGAGUGCAGUGACUUUCCCAAACCUUCAGCAGUGGUGUCAUGUAACACUCAGAGCUGCCCAGCAAGGUGGAAGGUAGUCAGGUCGUUGCCCUGCUCUGCGUCCUGUGACCUGGGUGUAGCUCAGAGGAUUGUGUCUUGUGUCCAGUUUGUCCAUGGCAAGGAGAGUGUGGUGUCAGAGGAAAACUGCCACACAGCCACGAAACCAGCCACCACAGUGCCCUGUUUGGUGCAAGUGUGCACGUUCAGGUGGGAGGUGAAGCCGUGGAGUCAGUGUUCAGUAUCCUGUGGAUAUGGGAUCCAGUCCAGAGCUGUGUCCUGCAUGGGCCCCUCUAAGCCUGAUCCCCUCAGCCCCCUGUUCUGCAUGCACAUGCCCAAGCCAAUCACCAUUCAGGGCUGCAACAUGGGAAUCUGCAGUGAUGUGCUGUCCACGUCAGAUCUGGCCUCUGAUAAUGCCACUGCAAUAAAUACUGUCAUGAGGGUUAACCUCACAGAAAGGCCUCUCCUGUCUCCAACCGUGACCGAUAAAGAUACAACACAGAGUCCAACAGAGCCCAUCAACAUCCCACAGACCACCACAGCAACCCCAACACCUAUAUCCAGUGCAUGUGGACAGCUACUCCUGGAGGAAUCAGGCACGGUGGAUUUGAAACAUGUAACCAGCCGCUGCACGGUAUCCAUAGGCCGACCUUUAGAUGAGGUCAUUCACAUCAGAGUGCUAUCUAGCUCCUUGGACUGCACAAAAAAGGAAUACGUGGCAUUUUUUGACCGACUGGCAUUCGUGAGGAAGUGUGUGCAGGUAGCUGGUAGUGAACUGACCAGCAGAACAAAUGUCCUGCUGGUGCGUCAGAAUCUCCUCCCAGCUGGAAACGGGAUUGUUUUUACCUACACUUCACAGAAAAACACGAAGAGGAGCCACCAUCGGGACUGCGACAUUCAGCUGUUUUCCGCCAGCGGCAUCUUCGAAAAUCCCAUAACGUCCAGCACUAACCACACCUGUCGAGUGCUCAUCAACGCCCCUCCCUCAGUGAAGAUCAGAAUCCAAGCGCAGCACAUAGGAUUAGUAUUCAACACCACCAACUCCCAGUCUACAUACAUUAUGAUCCGGGACAUGGAUGUCCUGAAGACCAACGUGUUUAAAGGCCAACAGCUGUUUCUGUGGCACUCCUCUGGAAAUAUGGCCGAGAUUGAAUUUCAUGGAGACUACCUGCAUUCCAAAGGGAGCUUUAGAGCAGCAUAUUCCUUUCUGCGUCGCUGA